AUGGCAUCAGAGGGAAAGGCCCCAUACAAGGCACCAGUACCAGUCCUCGAACCAGGAUGCUUUGCGCAGACCUGGGAACGCAAAUACUACCGCCUCGGAAACGUAUGUAUAAAGCGGAGUCUCCGACCACGAGAAUUCCAAACCGAUAUCAACGGACAACUAUAUAUACCUCGUGUCGGCAACGAGCGACUCAUCAACGAAGCGGCAGCUCUGAGGUUCGUUCGGGAACUCACCGAUAUCCCAGUCCCUUCUUUGAUUUGCGAUUUCCGGGAUGAUGACAGUCACUAUGUUAUCAUGGAGUGGGUGGAGGGUGUAAGCAUGAAGGAUGUUCCACGGGAGAAAAUGCCACAGGUUCAUGCUGAACUUAGGGAGCACUUGAGGACGCUUCAUGCUUUGAAGUCUAGAAAGCUGGGAGGGCCUACUGGGAUCGUUAUUCCUCCAUACCGAGUCUCAAAAGUGACGACGAACGAUAUAUGGACUCUCAAAGAUUCUGCUGUAGAGGAAUAUGAAUUUUGCCACAAUGAUCUGUCUCAACAGAACGUUAUCGUUGAUCCGGAAACGUUCAAGAUCAGGGCUAUUAUCGAUUGGGAAUAUGCAGGGUUCUUUCCGGGGAAUUUUGAGAAGCAUAUUUUCCUCAGAACAGGUCACUCUGAUAUCAUGGAAGGGGAAGUUGAUGACAGGUUGGAUCUUUUGAAGUUCCUUGAGUCACAGAGGAUUCCGCACAGUCCCAAAUCUGACGGAACCAGAAUUGUUUCGGGCGAGGGUUCAAAGAAAUGCAUUGAGCAAUGA